CGCCCCUCCACGCCAGGUUGAUCGGCUCCGGCUCGCCGCCCGCCGCCUUACCGCUAGCAGAGCCUUCGCCCGCCGCGUCUGCCGCCUCACCGGCCGCGGCCGGGCCAUGGUGCCGGCGCCCGGGGGAACCCUGCUCGCCGCCUUCCUCGCCGCAGCGCUGGCCGCCGCGGGCAGCUCAAGAGCUCGUGGGCAGCUGGUGACUGUGAGCCAGCCAGGAGUGUGUCGCUAUGGUUCUAGGCUGGAUUGCUGUUAUGGCUGGAAAAAGAACAACAAGGGCCACUGUGAAGCUAUCUGUGGACAUGGCUGCAAGUAUGGCGAAUGCAUGGGACCAAACAAAUGCAAAUGUUUCCCUGGAUUUACAGGAAAAACCUGUAAUCAAGAUCUGAAUGAAUGUGGACUGAAACCACGUCCCUGUGAACACAGAUGCAUGAAUACACAUGGCAGCUACAAGUGCUAUUGUCUGAACGGGUACAUGCUCAUGCCAGAUGGCACAUGUGCAAGCUCUAGGACCUGUGCCAUUGCGAAUUGCCAGUAUGGUUGUGAGGAAGUCAAAGAGGAGGUACACUGUCUUUGUCCAUCAGCUGGCCUCCGUUUGGGACCAAGUGGGAGGACAUGCAUUGAUAUUGAUGAAUGCUCCACUGGCAGAGCUGUCUGCUCUUUCAAUCGCAGAUGUGUCAACACAUUUGGAAGCUACUACUGCAAGUGCCAGCUUGGUUAUGAACUGAAAUACAUCAGUGGCCAUUAUGACUGUGUAGAUGAAAAUGAAUGUGUGACAACUACACACAGGUGUAACCUCCAUGCAGAGUGCCUCAACACAGAGGGAUCCUUCAAAUGCAAAUGUAAUCAGGGCUACCAAGGAAAUGGAUUUGACUGUGCUGCUAUUCCUGAAAAAUCAGUGAAGGAAAUUCCAAGAAUCCCUGGAAGAGCUAAGGACACAAUAAAGAAACUUCUUGCACAUAAAAACAGCGUGGCAAAGCAUAAAGCAAUCAAGAAUGUGAUCCCAGAAGCAGCCAUGACGCCAGCUUCUAAAACCCACUUGCAGUCACUGGACUAUGAAGGCGGUUUUGAUCUUGGUGGGAGUUACAUUGUGGGAGAAAAAAGAACUGAAGUCACCAUAGAAGAGGAAGUCGAUGAGACAGAUGAGGAGGAGAAGGAAGAUUAUGAGAAUCAGAUUGACUAUGAGCAAAGCCUUAGAGGAGAUGUCUUCUUUCCUCAGGGUAAAGAAGCAGCUGCCUUUGGCCCUCUCCUGGCACAAAGAAAAGUUGCGAUGACAAGACAAGAGCAUGAAGUUGACUGCAGUUUCAGUCGAGGAGUCUGCGACUGGAAACAAGAUACUAAUGAUGACUUUGACUGGAAUCCUGCUGAUCGAGACAGAGGUGAUGGAUACUACAUGGCUGUUCCAGCCUUUGUGGGUCACAAGAAGGAUAUAGGCCGCUUAAAACUUCUCCUGACCGACCUCAAACCAACGAGCACCUACUGCUUGAUUUUCAGUUAUCGGCUCGCUGGCGAAAGAGUGGGAAAACUUCGAGUGUUCAUGGCCAACCAAAGAACUGCUCCUGUCUGGGAGCAGGACAAGGGAAAAGAUGAAAGGUGGAGAACUGGAAAAGUGGAAAUAUGGCAGGGUACUGAAACAACUAACAGUAUCACCUUUGAAUCAGAACGUGGGAAGGGCAAAACUGGAGAAAUUGGAGUGGACAAUGUUCUAUUAGUUCCUGGUCUAUGCCCAGAAGACACCUGAGAAUGGAUAUUUUGAGUAUUCUGGAUUUAGCCCUAUUUUCAACUCUUGCCUUGCUAGUAGUGUAUUUUUAAUCUUUUCAUUAUAAAAAAAAGGAAAACGUAAAUUUAAAACCUGUACCUUGAACUUAGUGCAGCAAUGCAAACGGCAACUGACAGGUGCAAGAUGCAGAGCACACUCUUUAUGAAUUAGAUCUGAUACGUGCUUUGAAUAUAGCACUACUAUAUUUUAACACUCAAGGUUGGGGCUUCUGAGGCAUUAAAAUAUGUGUCUAGCUUUUUUACAAAUUCUGUAUGCUUUCAUUCCUUAAAGUUCUUUUCAAGGCUGUUCUUAAGUUGUCUGUUGCAUUUCUACUUCACAAGAACACAAAGCAGUGUUGAAGAGGAUGCUACUACUUCUGGUGAUGUGAUUUUAACUUCUUACUUAAUAUGUAGAUAGUAAAUUUAUUAAAAAACAAUUAGAAGAAUGAGGAGGUUUUUUUCCUGUCUUCAUGGAGCUAAAUUUUAAGUGGAGUCACAUCUUUGAGGAAUAUUUUAAUUGCUGAUACAAUAUGCAAAAUAUCCUCUUUGUCAUCAGUGUCUUUAAGUCACACAAAUCACUGUUUAGGAUUGAUCCGCUUUUUUUUCAUAGGCAUUUAAUAUGCAUCACAUAGAGAUGAUAUUACCAACUGGUAAUGAAAAAAGUAAAGAAAUUUUCACACUCUGUACUGACCUUCAGGAGCAGACAAGUUCCUGCUGGGUUACAGCCCUUCUUUACUGCGCAGAGCCUUGAAACAACCAUGUUCAUUUUCCAGUAGACAGGACGGUUUAGUGGCCUCACAGUAAGGCUCAUUCUUACAUGACACAAUGGAGAAAUAUAAAUCUUUUUUGCAAGUCCCUUCAUGUUCUUCAGACUUCAGCAAAAUGGAUAGAGGCUGCCCGCCUCCCCAGGAAUGGAGAAGGAAGCAGACUCUUCUCGCACAAAGUAGAAGCUGGUAUCUUGCCACUCUCUGCCACACAUGCCUCUGCAGGUACAUCUGUGUAAGGAAGCUCUGGAAUCCAGGUUCCACGUGUACUGAAAAGCUGAAUGAUUGAAGCGUGGGCAAAAGACCAUUUUCUCCUUUGUGAUCUCUUUGGAGAAUGUGUGACAUCUGCAUCUCAAGCAGACCAGGGUGCCUGAAACUGAGAAGAUUGAAGGUCUGUUUUAUUAAAAUCAAAUUCUGUGUCUAGCUGCCUAGGUGAAUUAGGCACUCAUACCACCUUCUUGCACAGGAUGCAAGCAAGUAGCAGUCCCUGAAAAUACCAGUCUCUGUAACAAGUUUCUUGGAAACUGACAGAAAGUUAAAGUGGCCCAUGUGGAAUCGCCCAACUGCAUGUUGGCAUCAAAAGAGCUUGGCCAGCACGUUGAGGGAGGUGAUCCUCCCCCUCUGCUCUGCACUGGUGAGGCCACAUUUACACUGCUGUGCCCAGUUCUGGGCACCUCAAUUAAGUUAAGUUAAAAGACAGGGACCUCCUAGAAGGAGUCCAGCAGAGGACGACCACAAGGAUGAGUGGGGGCCUCCCAUGUGAGGAAAGGCUGAGUAACCGCGCUCCGUUCAGCCUGGGGAAAAGGACACUGAGAGGGGAUCUGGUAAAUAUUUAUAGCUAUCUAAAGGAAGGUGGGAGGCAAAUGGGUGAGGCCAGGCUCUUCUCGAUGGUGUGUAGCAAGAGCACAAGGAGUAACGGCCUAAACCUUGUACAUAGGAAGAUUUGUACUAACAUGCACAAGAACUUGUUUAUGGUAAGGGUGAUGGAGCACUGGAACAGGUUGCCCAGAGAGGUUGUGGGGUCUCCUUCUCUGGAGACAUUAUUCAAAACCUGCCUGCAUGAGUUCCUGUGUGACCUAACCUAGGAGUUCCUGCUCAGGCAGGGGAUUGGACUCGGGGAGCUUCCCAGGUUCCCUCUAAUCCCUGUCGUUUGGUGAUUCUGUGAUUCUGCCGUUCGUAUGGAGAAGAGACAGCAGCUA